UCACAUUCAUAUAAUAGUGUUAUAUAUAGCUUAGUUACGAAAAUAUAUUUUAAUUUUUGGUAAUGAACACUAACAUAUCUACGACAUCCGGUUUCAGUCUUGUGCGGCGAUCCGACAGUAUCUCUCUAGCUUUACUAAAGCACCUCUCGGACUCACAGGAAGUCCCUGGUACGCACAGAUUUAAAAGGAUGUACAUCUCACCAACCGGGGUACAAGAGGCGACUAAUGAUAUGUUAAAUGAACUGACUACAUCUUCUGAAGAAAAACCGUUUUUUCAGGUUUCGGAUGACGAAAACGCAGUUGACCUGUCUGAUGACUUCAUGGAAGCCCAUAAUAGGUCAAUUUUAAAAGGCCUUUUAAUGUGUUCCGACAGUGAGCUAAAGUUGUACCUUAGCUUGCCGCAAUCAUCAUGGGAAAGUAAUCCAAUAUUAUUCUGGAACUCCUAUACGGCGGCUAUGCCGGGACUGAGGUAUUUCAUAGCACCUGGGAGUUCGUGCCUUCAGAGCGACAUGCGUCCGCUAUAAAAUGCGUAAUUUGUGAUACCCGCAACCAAAUGACUGACAUUCACAUAACGCAACGCGUAUUUCUAAAAUCUGUAAAACCCAAAUAUUGACACUAAAAUAUUGACACUAAUUUAUGUUACUUUUAAAAACCAAAAAUUUCAAAUUUGUAUGUAUAAUUCUUUUAAAUAAACUCGAAUCUCAUAUUUAAUAUGUAUAAUCUUAAAAAUUGUUGAGUCUCAUAUUUGUGUUUUCUGUAUAAAAGUGGAAUCUUGUGAAUAUAUUGUUAUGAUUCAUUAAAAUA